AUGUUACAACAACAUGGGGAUGUAAUUGAUGCCAUAUCAAAUCAAAAUCAACCUAAUGAAAGACCACCACCAAAACACAAAAAAUCUGAUAAGAAAACUAAACAAGAUGUAACAAAGCAAAAAGAUAAUCCAACAGAUCAACAACCUGAUGAAAGACCACCACCGAAUUAUAAAAAUUCUAAUAAACAAACUAAACAAGAUGUAACAAAGCAAAAAGAUAAUCCAAUAGAUCAACAACCUGAUGAAAGACCACCACCAAAACACAAAAAAUCUGAUAAGAAAACUAAACAAGAUGUAACAGAGCAAAAAGAUAAUCCAAUAGAUCAACAACCUGAUGAAAGACCACCACCAAAACACAAAAAAUCUGAUAAGAAAACUAAACAAGAUGUAACAGAGCAAAAAGAUAAUCCAAUAGAUCAACAACCUGAUGAAAGACCACCACCAAAACACAAAAAAUCUGAUAAGAAAACUAAACAAGAUGUAACAAAGCAAAAAGAUAAUCCAACAGAUCAACAACCUGAUGAAAGACCACCACCGAAACACAAAAAAUCUGAUAAGAAAACUAAACAAGAUGUAACAAAGCAAAAAGAUAAUCCAACAGAUCAACAACCUGAUGAAAGACCACCACCAAAACACAAAAAAUCUGAUAAGAAAACUAAACAAGAUGUAACAAAGCAAAAAGAUAAUCCAAUAGAUCAACAACCUGAUGAAAGACCACCACCAAAACACAAAAAAUCUGAUAAACAAACUAAACAAGAAGUUGAAACCAAAAUAAGCAUACCGCCACGUAUCCGAAAAUUAAACGCAGACGAGCAAGAUGAAAUAUUACCUAUAAUUGAUGAACUAAAAGAUUUAUCUCCGGUUGAAAAGCUUAAAAAGAUUCCUAAAAAACAAUUAAACUUUCUAAUAAUACUACAAGUUAUUCUUGAUGCAAUCAAUAUAAAGGAUAAAGAAGCAAUUGAAUAUGCAGUUCAAAAUGAUUAUUUUAAACUUAAAAAUCCAAAUGGUGGAAUUUUAACUAUGGCUAUGGCAGUCCUUGACGAAGGACGUCUUGAAUACAUCCAAUUUUUAGUUGAAUGUGGAUACAAUCCUCAAGAUGACAUCAUUCUUCAUGAGUUUAGUUAUCUUGGUGAUAUUAAAGGUAUUGAAUUUGCACUUCAAUAUCAUGAUGUUAAUGAACAAGAUGAUGGUGGAAGGACAGCACUUCACAAUGCUGCAUCAGCAGGACAACUCGGUGCUUGUAAAUUUCUUUUAUCACAACGAGGAAUUGACAAAAAUCCAAAAAACGUUAAUAAUAAAACACCGCUUGACUUGGCAAUUAAAAAAGGUCAUCAACAAGUUAUUGAUUAUCUGAGAAGCAAUGGAUGCACUCCAUCAUCAUCACAAAAAACAUUAAAAGCUCCAAAUAAUAUAAUUAUAAUAAAUGAUGAACGACAUCAAACUAUUAGCAUUCAACAAGAUUUAUCACCACUCGAAAAACUUCAACAGAUUCCAAAAGAGCCAAGAAACUUUGAUAUAAUAUUCGAAUUACUUGUGGAUUCAUUUAUGAAUAAUGACCAAGAAACAAUUGAAUAUGCAGUCAAACACGAAUAUCUGAAGCUUACAAAAGCUGGCGACAGAUUAACAAAUAUUGUUAUUGAAGCUGCAAGCAUGGCAAAUCUCGGAUUCAUUCAAUAUCUCGAGAAAUGUGGAUACAAUUCUAAAGAUGAUUUCAUUCUUCAUGAGUUUUGUAGAAUUGGAUAUGUCGAAGGUAUCGAAUUUGCGCUUAUAAACCAUGGUGUUAAUGAAAGUGAUAAGGGCAAAAGAACUCCACUUCAUAUUGCUGCAUCAGCUGGACAAAUUGAUGCUUGCAAACUUCUCUUAUUAAAGAAAGAAGUUGAUAGAAAUCCAACAAACAAUCGAAAUGAAAAACCACUUGACUUGGCCAUUAAAAACAAUCAUCAAGAUGUUAUUGACUUUUUGAGUAGAAAUGGUUGUGUAAAAACAGAGAAAAAAUAUAUCCAUAGUCGGCCCCUAAUUCACAUAAUUAAAUAA